CAACCUACCCAUUUGAGCAAAAACACCUCACCACAUUAUCUCAAAAUGGAGAAUUUUUAUCGCUUAGUUGAUCAUGAUCAAGAUUUCCACAAUCGUAGAUGCAUUUGGGUUAAUGGUCCGGUCAUAGUUGGUGCCGGACCAUCUGGGUUAGCCACAGCUGCUUGUCUCAGAGAACAAGGAGUUCCCUACGUUGUUCUUGAGAAAGCAGACUGUAUUGCUUCAUUGUGGCAAAAGCGCACCUAUGACAGGCUUAAGCUUCACUUACCAAAGCAGUUCUGCCAGCUCCCUAACCUGCCAUUCCCAAAAGACUUCCCUGAGUACCCUUCUAAGAAGCAAUUCAUCGAAUACCUUGAGUCCUACGCAAGGCGUUUCGAGAUCAGCCCCAAAUUCAAUGAGUGUGUGCAAACAGCAAGGUAUGACGAGACCAGUGGCUUGUGGAGAGUGAAGACUGUUUCCACAAUUGGGUCUUCAAGGACUGAAAUCGAGUAUAUUUGUCGGUGGCUCGUGGUGGCGACAGGGGAGAAUGCAGAGUGUGUGACCCCUGACAUUGAAGGACUUGCAGAGUUUGGUGGGGAAGUUAUUCAUGCUUGUGACUACAAGUCUGGAGAGAAAUACAAGGGAAAGAAAGUACUUGUUGUAGGUUGUGGCAAUUCUGGCAUGGAAUUGUCUCUUGAUCUCUGCAAUUACAAUGCUGAUCCAUCGAUAGUGGUUCGCAGCUCGGUUCAUGUCUUACCAAGAGAAAUCUUAGGGAAAUCGACAUUCGAAUUGGCUGUUUUGAUGAUGGCAUGGCUACCUAUCUGGCUUGUUGACAAGCUUUUGUUAUUCUUGGCAUGGUUAGCGCUUGGAAACAUCGAGAAAUUCGGCCUGAAAAGGCCAUCAAUGGGUCCUAUGCAGCUCAAGAGCACACAUGGCAAAACCCCAGUUUUGGAUGUUGGCGCCUUGGCGAAAAUCAGAUCCGGUGACAUCAAAGUGGUUCCUGGAAUCAAGAGGUUCGCAAAAGGCCAAGUUGAGCUUGAAAAUGGAGAAAAACUCGAUAUAGAUUCAGUAGUUUUGGCUACUGGGUAUCGCAGCAAUGUCCCUUAUUGGCUUCAGGAAACUGAUUUCUUUUCCAAGAAUGGAUUCCCAAAAGCAACAUUCCCAAAUGGGUGGAAAGGCAAUACUGGUUUAUUUGCAGUUGGGUUCACAAGGAGAGGGCUCUCUGGUGCAUCCUCUGAUGCUAUGAGAAUUGCACAAGAUAUUGGCAAUGUCUGGAAGGAUGAAACUAAGCAGAAGAAGCAGAGAACCACCGCUUGUCAUCGCCGUUGCAUUUCACAGUUCUAAGUUCAUCAAUCAAGUCAACAGACUCUCUCUAUGGUGUAUAAACAACAGAAUAACAUAUACUGUAGAAAAAACUAUACACAGAAAGAAAAAGUAACAGAAUAUACAGCAGCAACAGAGACAGAGCCCUCUCCGAAUGCCCAGGUUUUGGCUUGUUUUUGGGCAUUUUGUUUUAGAAAACUGAGGAUGAUGAGGCUUUCUCUUCUUUCAUUCUUUUAAGCUUCAUACAUGUU